GGAACUCAGAUGAUGUUGGAUGGGAGAAUGGUGUUCUUGUUGAUGCUAACAACAAGGACAAGGUCAGGUGCAACCUUUGUAAUAAGGAGAUGAGGGGAGGGAUUUAUAGGCUGAAGCAGCAUUUGGCUCAUGAAGGAAAGAAUGUGACUAAAUGUCCAGCUAGAACACAGCAGGCUUCGGAGGCUAAAGCAAAGUGCAAGAAAGCACUAGAAGAUGCAAAAAGGAAGAGGGAGGAGAAGACUGUCCGUGAGCUAGAACUUAGAGCGAAAGUGGAUGUGUCUAGGGUUGGAGAGUCAGAGGAAGUCACUUGUGUUGGUAGUUCACAGCCUCACAAAUUAGGACCUAUUGACAAAUGGACACGUGCUAUUGAUCCUACAACUACCAAGACUGAGUCUUUAAAGCAACAGCAGCUGAACAACGAACUUUGGAAAGAAAGAUCAAAUGAGGUGUACAAGUAUAUUGCAAGAUGGGUCUAUAAUCAUGCAAUACCUUUCAAUGCAUGUGACAAUGAUGACUUCAAGCAAAUGUGUGAAGCAAUUGGACAGUUUGGACCUGGAUUUCAGCCUCCAAGUGAUGAUUUACUGUGAGAGAAAUUGCUGGAACAAGAAUAUGCAAGAA